AUGGGUUCCCUUACAAAAAUCCCCCCCAUACUUAUAACAACUCCAGCAAAAAUUUCAGAACUUUUGUCACAGAAGAAUAAUAAAGCUGAAGAUAUUGCUGAUGGAGCUGCGAAAUCCAUAAACUUUUCAUCUGAGGACCACGAUGAUGUAGCUCGGAUCGGCAAGAUGAGGUAUGAUGCAUUGAUCAUGGAAAUUAAACGCCUGAAGAUACGUCUAAGAUGGUAUCAAGAAACAUUGGGGAAUGAGAAAAAGAAAGCGAAAUUCCACCUUCGAUCAGUCCAAAUAAUGAAAGUGAGGAUGAGGAAGCAGAAGCACGCAAAGGGUUUAACCUGUUCCGCGAGUUUGCAAGAUGUGUUGUUCCAAGCUACAACUGGGACGAGAUCGCCAUGA